UCCAGAUUUGUUAUAUUUAGCUUAAAAUGGAUAAAAUUUAAGAAAAUGGGUCCAGAUUUUUCAUGUUUUUGCGUAAAAUGGGUCCACAUUGUUUUGUCCCGCACUGUUUGAAAAUCCUGGCUACGGCUUGGCUAAACGGUAUGAAAAGUUCAUAAUGCUGCCACACCUGCGAUCAAAUAAUAGGUGGCGGCAAUGCAAUUUCGUAUCUGCGCAGUUUUUAAUAUCAUUCUUAACAACUUUCUCUAUGACAAGGUGGACGUAAAUAUGAUUUCUAACGCUGCUGACGGAAUCUCAAUUGAGGUUUGCUCUACCCAAGAACUUAUAAGUCAUUCUUCUAGCACCUACGCCUUUGAAAACUCAUCGGCAGUAUGUAUACUGUUAGACAGUCAAAACUGCAAUGCAAGGGUUUCCAAAAAAAACUUAACUCGACCAAAAUGCACAGCUGACACGAUGAUCUGCAAAAGGAAAAUGUCAAUUGUGUUGAUAAUAGGCCUACUUAUAUUACUCAUCAUUAUUCCUGUCUUGGUGUUGGAAGUCGGUAACAAGUAUUCGAUGCCACCGACGACUGGCGAGAUCCCAUUGAAUGCAGCUGAAGCGAAUAUCCAACCAACACUUGUUCCAGACCGCACCAAUGUCACACAGUCCACACAAUCGAUAAAUAAUACGGCAACUGAAACUCGGUCAAUAUCAAGAAGCACAUUUAGUACAACUUCUGCCAAGAACUGUGAAGAGUGGAAAUGCAAGAAUGGUAACUGCGUCUCCAAUGACGACCUUUGUAAUAAAAUAGACAAUUGUGGUGACAAUACCGACGAAUAUACAUGUGACUGUGGAGAGGAGGGAACAGAGUUUUUCUGCGACGACGGCCUCUGUGUCCACCAAAUAUGGGUAUGUGAUGGCAAGGCACAGUGCUUCGGCGGUGAAGAUGAAAGAGGCUGUGAGACUUAAGUGUGUGAUGACAUAGCCAUAAACGUAUAGUGACAUUCCACGGCGGAUGAUACAUAAUGAACAGUUUGUACUAGGUGCCAUAACGGCGGUGGCGCCAGACAUUUGCCGACAUGUCCGACGGAGGGGUCCAAAUUAAGGGACCGACGAAGCCUCGGUCGACAACCUGUAAUAAUUAACUGUAAUAAUUAAUUGUAAUAAUUAACGACUCAGGUAAUAAUUAAGAUUUUUUACAUUCUACAUUAUUAUUAAAGAACUGCAUUUAUAACAAUAAUAUUAAUACAAUUAUUAAGUUCCUUUUAAUUCUUUUUAAAACAAUUCAUUCUAAUUCACCUUGCUAUAUCUUAAAUUAUGGAUAUACAAAAAUCCGAAGUGAAACACUAAAUAUAAUGUGUUGGAAUGUAACUGACCUCAUCAAUAAACUGGACACCACACAUUUUAUAGAUUUAUGUAAGUCGAAUUACAUCUGUAGGUUUAUUCAAACAGGGUCGUGACAAAGUGCGAGCCAGCAAAUCAUGCGAGCCAAUGCGCGAGCCAUGCGAGCCAUACAUUUUAAAUCCUUUUUUUUCACCGGGGAGC